CACCGGUUUCUACUCCCUCCUCCGCCCCCCCCUCGUUCACCUCUCUCGCCCAUUCACCACUUUAUCACCCAAACAACACCACCUAUUCCCCAACACAACCUACUAUCACCGCCAAAGCCAAAGUCCAUCACCGAUACAGCCCAUCCGCUCAAGACCCAUAUUCUUUUCAUUGCUCGCAGGACUGCAUCCAACUUCGUCAGCCUGACCACGUCCAUUUCCACUUGCCAUUCGAGUCGAUCAGAUCACAGUGUCGCUGCACCUUUUCCGUUGCAGCGCGACCCUUGCUCCGCUUCGACUUCACGCGACCUUGCGCUACCAGCGAGUCGUAACCUGACCUCCCUAUCACUCUUCUGCCCAACGCGACCUUCGCCAGCUCUACUGCGCAUCUGAGCCCGUCCGCGCUUCCUAAUCUCUGAAGCCACCUUGACCACGCGUCUCGUCUUUCUCACCACUUCUAAAUCACUUUCCAGCAACCCACCGCCAUAAUGUCCGGAAAGCUCGACCAGUCUCUCGACGAGAUUCUCUCCACUCAGCGCCGCGGUAAGUCCAACGCCCGCGGCCGUGGAGGUCGCCGCUCGGCUGGCGGUAAGCCCACCAAUGCUGCCCCCGCUGGCGGUAUCCAAAAGAACACAAAGCCCGCUCGCAACGCUGCCAAGCCGGCGCCCGCAAAGAGUGCUGGUCUUACCGGCGAGAGCAAGAUUGUCGUGAGCAACCUGCCCAAGGACGUUUCCGAAGGCCAGAUCAAGGAAUACUUCCAGCAAGCUAUUGGACAGGUCAAGAGGGUGGAACUUUCGUAUGGGCCCGGAGGCACUAGCCGCGGUAUUGCUCAUAUUACCUUCCACCACGCCGAUGGUGCUACCAAGGCGUACAACACUCUCAACGGUCUCCUGAUUGACAACCGCCCGGUCAAGGUCGAGGUCGUUGUUUCCAAUGCCGAGUUGAUCCCUCAGCCCAAGAGCCUGACUCAGCGUAUCACACAGCCCAAGGCCCAGCCCAAGUCUGCCGCCACUGUCAAGCAUGCCGCCAACGCCCCCAAGGGUGCUGCUGCUGCUAAGCCUGGCAGCAAGAAGGGUCCCCGUCGCCCUCGCAGCGCCCGCCCUGCCAAGAAGACCGUCGAGGAGUUGGAUUCUGAGAUGGCUGACUACUUCGAGAGUGGCACCACGGACAACGCCACCGGAGCCGCGCCGGCCGCUGCCAACGGUGGUGAUGCUCCCAUGGAGGACGAGAUUCUUUGAACGAAGGGUAUGCAUGAGGAACAGCAACAGUCGAUGAGAGCGAAUGCCAGCUUCAGCGACAACUUUGUUUGACGGAUUUCGGAUUGUCUAUGAUUGUUUUACUAUUUUAUUUCGGGUUCGGGCAGGGUCUACAGCUUAGGUCAACAGCUUGAUGAAAUUUUCUCCAGACUCACGACGACCUUCAAUUAUCGCCUCUCCACUAUUAUUCUAUUAGCGAAUGCUGUAUGACCUGCGACUGGUUCGCCGCGACCUACCAUCUCGCUCCUGUCGUUUACGGUCCCUCUGAUGGAAGAUGGAUUGCGGCAGGACACGUCUGCCAAAGGGCCAAGGGUCACAAUUUGGUGUUGUUAUCAGCACUUUGUCACUUAUCCUUUGGUCGCCUGUUAAGCGUCUUCCCCUCCCAGUACCCCAAGGCGAUGAAUAUAAUUUCGAACAAAUAGCUCGCCUCUGCUACUAAAUUGUUGGAGCGCAACGGACAUAUAUGUCAGCGAAGCGGGAGCAAUAUCCACAGUGGUCCUUUUCACAUCGCAAGUCACGACCAAAUCUAGCAUGCGCAGGGCGUUGCCUUUCUGUACUUUACAGAGAGCUACACCUGCGGAGGGUAAAUUGUGCAUCCCAAGACCAGAAGAGAAAGCUCAAGCAGCUAGAUCAGCGUGGAUCGAGGACCCUCGAGCGCUUCCGGGCAAGAAAAAGGCGGAAGUUAAUGUCAUAAUGCCCCGAAUUCUGCCACGAACGUAAACAGUGCUUCACGUGCUGAUAAGAGGGCACCCUUUCCUGCCAUUCCUCCGCGAUUCAGCAAGCCGUAGUUCCUCCUCAUUCACACACGGCAGUAGAACUACAACCACACUUCUGCUAUUUGUCCUUCUCCUUUCCCUUAUCCUUCUUCUUCUUCUCCAUCUUCCUCAGCUUCCUCUCGCAGUUCUUGCACACCACGGCUUCGGUAACAGUCUUGCUUUCGAUGCCUGCCGCGCAGUGUCCCAAAUGCUCUCCUCUGUAUUUUGGUUUGCAAGGGCUUUCUGUCGAUCGGCCUUGCACGAGCUCGUCACACGAGGUGCAGUAGGAGUCGACAAAGUGUUUGGUACACAUCUUAGUUUGUAAUUGGUUGGUGUGCUGGAGGGUAGUGGUGGUGGUGGUGGUGGUCUCAGAGACGUAAGAGGCGGUGGAAGUAAAUGCGCAUGGGCUGUAAAUUGGUUUCCUAGAAUUGUUGCUCAAAUACUCCCUAAAUGAAGGGCGGAAGUUUUGACAAGAGCGCAAGGAUGGAUACAAAUGUUUGUAGUAAUACCUGUAAUGUUUUGCAGCAAGACUUGCGAGUAUUCAGUGGAUGCUAUUGUCUCUCUCAG